AUGGAGCCAACGAUAAGUGAAGGAGAGAAAAGUCAGCCUCAUCAGGAGACACUCUCACUACCAGAAAACUCAGCCAACACUGGACAUGGUGAGAAAACAGUCACCGCCGACUCUCACACAAAGCCAACAGAUAAUGUGCCUCUUGCAGAGGGCUCAACUGUUCCUCAAAAACGGCCUGCGGAUGACGAAGCCGCCGAGCCUAUGUCCAAGAACGCUCUCAAGCGUUUGAGAAGACAGCAGCAAUGGGAAGCCGGAAAAGAGGAGCGCAAGCAGAAGCGAAAGGAUAGUCGAGUCGCACGCAAAGUCCGCAAGCGUGAGGAAAGAGCAGCACUUAUCGCUCAGGGCAUCGAUCCAAAUGCCAAUAGGCAGCAGAAACCUCCUUCAGUCAAUGUGCCUGUCACACUCAUCUUCGAUUGUGAUUUUGAGCAGUACAUGCGCGAGAAGGAGCUCAUCUCGCUCGGCAGCCAAAUCACCAGGUCAUACUCGGAGAACAAAAAUGCGAAAUAUCGUACACAUAUCUUCGUCUCGGACUGGAAUGGAAAACUGGCUGAGCGGUUCCACCAGAUCCUUGAUGACAAACACAAGAAUUGGAAGGGCAUUGACUUUGUGGACGGAGAUUUCAUCGAGUGUGCGAAGCAGGCUCGGGAGAAGAUGAAGGAUCCGAGUGAUCGCAUGGUCGAUCAACUCCAGAGGAGCCUGGACAACAGAAUCCCUUGGGUUAGAGACGAAAAGGACCCUCUCCCCUUGCCUGAUCCCGAGCCUGAGCCCGCUCCCGAGUACCAGGACAUCGUUUACCUGUCAUCAGACUCGCCGUACACACUCGAACGCCUCGAACCCAACACAAGCUAUGUCAUCGGCGGCCUCGUCGACAAGAACCGCGAGAAGGGGUUGUGCUACAAACGAGCGAGGGAACGUGGCAUCCGAACGGCUCGGUUGCCUAUCGGCCAGUACAUGGUGAUGCAGAGCCGGACGGUGCUAGCGACAAACCACGUAGUUGAGAUCAUGCUCAAGUGGCUUGAGUAUGAGAACUGGGGCGAUGCGUUCAUGAGUGUCAUCCCUAAGCGCAAGGGCGGUCAACUGAGAGACCAGAGGGAUGAUUCAGGUGAAGCAGAAGAAGCUGAGGGGCAAGGGGUCGAGGAACCUGAGGAGGAAGAUCAAGAGAUCAAGGACCCUGAUGCUGAGGAGACCACCGCUCAAACGAGUACCCCUGAAGUGGAAGCUCCCUCAAAGUAG